AUGGAUGGUGAUUUAAGCUAUCUUGAACCUGGUUUCAAAGCGAACACUUUAAAAAUACCCCAAAUCAAAAAGAUUUUGGUUUUCCACAAUGUUGCUUUCCCAUCAAACUACAAGAAAGCUCAGUUGGUGAAACUUUUUAAUGAGAAGAUCGGAUCCCGCUCUAAGGAAUUGUUGCGAGAAUAUCAAUCUACGCUUGAGAAAGCCGGGCCUAUUGAGGAUGCUCAUCACAAAACCAACGCUGAGAGCGAUAAAAAAUCAGGCAAGAAAUCUUCUAUCUCAGAAUCAAAACAACAUAAGAAAAAUCCUGACGUGACCGAAGUAUUCUCUUCAAGCUCGGAUGACUCUUCAAGCUCAGGAUCGGACAGCGAAGAUGCCGUAGUGGAAGUAGAGCAUAUAGAUACAGCCAAAAAGAAUACAAGAAGUUCUGGGAGACACGCCGGAGCCGGAGCUCCAAAGAAGAAUAAUGAUAUUGCAGAAAAGCUGGUGGAUAGCUCUAGUGAAAUUUCGGGGGAGGCUGAAGAAAUCGAAGAAAUUGGGGAAGUUGAAGAGAUGGACACUUCAGGGGGUAAAGCUAAGAAAACUAGAUCUAAGACAAAGCUGAAGAAGUCAGAUUCCAAGAAUUCCGAGUCAUUAUUUGUUGAAGAAAGUGAUGAUGAAGAAAAGGAAGAAGUUUCGUUCAAUAACAAUAAUAGUUUCCAAGCGGGCAGAAAAGGCAAUAAGAGACGAAUGACAAACGAUAUUUCUGAUGAAAAGGAAGAGCCGGAAAAAAAGAAAGCCAAGGAUUUGUUUGAUUUUAGUGGUUCUGAGGUUGAUAAUAGCGAGGAGUUUGAGACAUUGUUAACAAAGAGCUUGAAGGAUAGUACUCAAAUAUUAAAAUCUCCCCAAAGAGAACUCAAGCAUAAUCUAAAAGAGAUUCUCGGCUCAAAUAGGAAGAAGUUGAUUAAUGACUCAGACCAAACUAAUAAGUUUAAGAUUGGAAAGUCUUCUACUACCAAGACUGUUGCAGAUUUAAGAAGUAAAGCAUCUCCAUUGAAAAAUAGUACUCCUAAGAAACUGUUGAUCUCCAAAACUCCAUCAAAGACUCCUUCAAAGGUUAGAUCAACCCCUAAACCUUCUAAAUCAAAAGAUGAAACGGCUUCUCCUAUGAUUGCCAAAUCAAUUGAUGAAAAGGAAUCUAUGAAUGAACCAUUUGAUGCAGACUUAAUGGCCAAAGAAUUGGGCAUCAAUGUGAUCAAGAAUAGUAUCUUCAAUCCUGCUACAACAGAUAUUGUGUUCAAACCGACUUCCAACACGAUUUCCUCAAAAUCAUUUAAGAAGAAUGAGGAAGAAUCGGUAGAGGAUCCUGCUGAUAAAGUGCCCUUAGAAUCAGAAUCAUCCUAUCCUAUGCCUAUAGAAGUGAGUGAUGAUGAAGAAGAAUUACAAUCCGAUGCGGAGGAAGCGUCAAAUAUCAAUGAUGAUGAAGACGAUGAAGAUGAAGAUGAAAUUCGUGAUAUCACCGAGGAGUUUUCAGGUACUACUGCUGAAAAAGAAAGUCAAAAUGGAAAUGGAAAUGAAAAUGAAAAUGAAAAUGAAAAAGAUGAAUCUUCUGAAGAUGAAAAUUUGAAGGGACCAGGGUCUGUAUUUGAUAAAGUACAGAAUGAUUUAAUAGAUGACGAUGAAGAACUUAUUGCAGCAACAGAAGAAACAGAUAAAACCAUAGAGAAUCUUUCUUCGAGCUCAGCUAAAUAUGCUUUUUUCAGUUAUUUUAAGUACUUUACUAUUUUCCUUUUGAUGACUACUUUUUCAGGAUUAGGGUAUUGGUAUGCUGACCAAAAAGUAUUAGUUGGAUACUGUGGAUACUCCAUCGACCGCAAAACAAUUCCAAAUCCUAAUGAAAAUCCAUACAUUGAUCUUGUUGAUGAGUUUUUGUUGCAAUAUUUGAAACCACAAUGUGUUCCUUGCCCUGAUAAUGCAACUUGUUAUCCAUAUUUUGACUUAAGUUGUCAUGAUGAUUUUUUGGAAAUCAAGCCAAUCACUUACUAUUUGACAGGUAAAAGAUGUAUUCCUGACUUGAGAAAACAGAGAAGGAUUGAAAAUAUGAUUGCCGUCUCUUUAGAUAUCUUGAGAAGUAAAAAUGCAGCUGUUGAUUGCGGCCAAGGUUGCGACAAUGAAGCUGGCUUGACCGCUGAAGUAUUAUAUGAUAUCUUGUCUAAUGUCAAAUCACCAGGAGUGUCUAAUGAAGAAUUUGAUGAAAUUUGGCAAAAAGCUGAAGAAUAUCUUGAAAAUCAUGCAGAAAUCGUUACGUUCUUUGAGAAAGUAUCUGGUUCCGAGCGUUCUGAUGACGAAGGUUCCCCAACCCAAGUCACGAAAAAGGGCCUUCGAUCAACAUCAAUGGAAAACCUUAACUUUCAGUGUCGCAGCAAGACAAUAAUUAACUUGGUCCUCAUCAAAUAUAAGAACUAUAUUAUGAUUUCCAUAGGGUGCCUCUCUAUCAUUUCUGUGGCUCAUUUAAUUAUCAGUCAACGUUACGCCAAACAGAAAGAAAUUUUUAAGAUUUGUGAUGCUGUGGUUGAAAAAUUGAGAGAUCAACAAUUAAUGUCAAAAAACGACCCAACUGGUACCAUCAAAGGAUACUUAGAAAGUAUUGUUUUGCGUGAUGAACUCUUGUCCAAUGACAAUAAAAACAAAAUUGUUAAAUGGAAAAAAGUUACGCAACAAAUUGAAGUGAAUCCUAGCGUUCGUGUGGAAAUCAUGGAAAUUUACGGCGAAAUCAAAAGAAUUUGGGCCUGGACUGGUCGCUAG